AUGGUAACGAAUCGAAGAUGUGGAAUGCAUUCCGCAUGAAGACACAAUCCAGACUCCAAAUUAAAUAACCUAAAUCUGUUGGUGAUUAUGAUGAAGAUGAUGAUCACACCAGAAACCCUAAAUUGUAUUAAUUAUACAGAGUGGUUAGAGCAGUUGAAGAAAGAAUGUCUUCCCUCUUGCAAAUAAAUUAAGGUUUCUGGUCUUCCAGGCUUCUUUCUUAUUUACUAUAUAUCCAAUCAUCAGCAACUUCACUUGUUCACCAGACCUUCUUCUUCUACAAUGAAGCAGCCAUCCAAGUCGAAGCCAUGGAGGCCACUCACUGCAAACUGCUGCUCCACUGAGAAACAAACCAAGCUCGGCAACUUCAGUCGAUGCAAGCCGACUUCACGGUCGGAUUUGUCCAAGGAUGUCGCUUCGAUGCCGUCGUUCCGGAGGCUGUCGUUCUCUGAUCUGAGCCAGUCGUCGUCGAUGAGAAUCAACGAGGAUCUGGCGCUGUCGUUCGGGUCGGAUCUGCUCGAUUUUCAGCUGAGCGAGCUGCGAGCCAUAACGCAGAAUUUCUCGAGCAAUUUCUUGUUGGGAGAAGGAGGGUUCGGGACUGUGCACAAGGGCUACAUCGAUGAUCAUUUCCGGCAGGGCUUGAAGGCUCAGCCCGUCGCCGUCAAACUUCUCGACAUCGAAGGCUUGCAAGGACAUCGUGAAUGGCUUGCAGAAGUAGUAUUUCUUGGUCAGCUAAGGCACCCAAACUUAGUGAAGUUGAUAGGAUAUUGUUGUGAGGAAGAAGAACGGCUCCUUGUCUACGAGUUCAUGCCAAGAGGAAGCUUAGAGAAUCACUUGUUCAGAAGGAUAUCAUCACUGCCUUGGGCAACUAGAUUGAAAAUUGCAAUCGGUGCCGCUAAAGGCCUUUCCUUCUUGCAUGGGGCAGAGAAUCCAGUUAUUUACAGGGACUUCAAAACUUCCAAUGUCUUGCUUGAUUCUGACUUCACAGCAAAGUUGUCAGAUUUUGGAUUAGCAAAAAUGGGGCCAGAGGGAUCUAAAUCUCACGUCACAACCAGAGUCAUGGGUACUUAUGGAUAUGCAGCCCCUGAAUACAUCUCUACCGGUCACUUAACCACAAAAAGCGAUGUCUAUAGCUUUGGGGUGGUGCUGCUAGAACUACUCACAGGAAGGAGAGCAAUGGAGAAGACAAGACCAAAGACUGAGCAGAGCCUUGUGGAUUGGUCAAGACCCUAUCUGAGUAGUUCUAGGAAGUUGAGGUAUAUUAUGGAUCCAAGGCUUGCAGGGCAGUACUCUGUGAAGGGCGCAAAGGAGAUGGCUCGUUUGGCACUUCAAUCCAUAAGUCUGAAUCCAGACAGGCCAAGGAUGCCAACCAUAGUUGAAAUUCUUGAAAACUUGCAGCAGUUCAAGGACAUGGCUAUUACGUGUGGACACUGGCCUGCUUCAGCAAAAUCUAGAAAUGGAGCUUCUGAUAAGAUCAAAAUUGAUAUCAGAGUUGGUGCAAACCACAGGAAGCCCUCUCCUGUAGUUGCAAGCAAAAAAACUUGAAUCUGCCAAUUCAUUAAAAAAAGGAGAGAGAUCUAGUUGAAGUGUGAGUACAACUUGUGGUAUGGUCAGCUAUACAUGUAUAAAACAGUAUAUGCAGUGUGUGUAUAUAUCUAUCUAUAUGCUAUAGAGUGUACUAUAAAAUCUUGCUUCAGAGCUGAGAGCUCUGUUAAAUCAUGAUCAAAUGAAAGUAUUCUACUCAACGUUUAAGUA